AUGUGGCAACUCCUAUUAACCGCAGCAGUGGCAGGAUCCACUGGUUUUAUAGCCAAAAACAUCUUUACCAAUUAUCAUUCACAAACUGAAAAAUGCGAGGAAGAGGAAAACCUACAAGAAUCCGCUGCAUUUGACUCUCCGCUGGUGACAAAAGAGUGUCACGGAGAUGAGAGUAAUUGUGAUCAGGAAGGGAUUUUUAGGUUUUCGAGUUCUGGUGGUGGUUCCAGAGGAAAGAAGAAGAAAAGUACGAAUUGGAAGGAGAAAUCCGGGGUUGCGUGUCGUAGGUUGAAGUUUGGGACUAAGAAUGUUAAGGGAUCUGGUGGUUUGGAAGUGAUUAGAGGAGGUAAGUUGUGUGCUUGCUUGAAGAAGAGAAGGACUGGUAAAUUCGUGACUGCCAAAUGUGGAUCUUGUUCUUCUAAAGAGAGCUCUUUGUUUGGUUGGGGACUUGGUGUUGGAAUCAUGUACGUGAUGUCUGCUGGGAAAGCUGAGAUAUUUAAGCUGAGCACUGCCAUGGAUGAGACUUCAAAAGUAGUUCAGGAAUUAAGAACUGAACUUAAUAAAAGAAAAUCAACACAAGUUGCUACAAGCUCAAAAAAUAGUGGUACCGAGCAAAUGCAACUAAUGGUUAAUAGAACAAUCAUGGGGUGUAGAGACCCCAAUGAUAUGAAAAUUUGUGGGCUUCCCAUGGUCGAUGAUGUUGAAUACCCGAGUAGUGUUCUUACUGAAGAGCCAGAGCCAGUGUCAGCGGUGCUUGAAAUGGAUCAACUGGAAGCAGAGCUUGAGUCUGAACUGCAAAAACUUCCCUGGUCCAGCACCGAAACUUCUGGCCAUGAAGUAACUAGGCUAAAUUUUGGCAAGGCCGAGGUUUCAUCUGAAGGAUUUUGUGAACCGGAGGGGCAGAAUGCUGUUUCUUACAAAUGCCACGAGGUUUUGCCAUCUGAAUUGGAUAAUAAACUUUGCCAUUUGCUUAUUGAACAACAAGAAAACCAAAUCACGGGGCUGGAAUCCGAACUACAUUCGGCACAAUCCCAACUUCAUGAGAAGGAAGCUGAACUUCGUGCACUGAAGGACUGUCAUUGUUUCUCAGAUGAUGAUGAAGUUGAGGUGCAAUAUGAGCUAGAAUGCAACGCUGAAUGGGAUAAAAAUAGACAGGUGAUAUCGGAGUCAAGAAAAUCAGUGGUUGGGAUGAAAAGACCUAAUCACUCUGCGUAG